GCACCCUAACCGCAUAUUUCGCAUCUCCGGACUUCAAUUUCAAAUUUGAAACCAACUGUCAACAAUAAAACCCGAAAGGGACGAACUCUACAACCGCCAGCAGCUAAAAUUUCACCCACUGCAAAUUUUUAGUGCCAGUCGGCAUUCCACCUUCAGCAUUUUAUUUGUCUUCAAUUCAAUUGCAGUUCAAAGUCUCACCUACAGAAGAAGGAAAGUGGAGGCGCGCUGCAGCCUUUUAACAGACACGAAUCCAUGGGCUCCAAUACCAAUUUCUGUGACCGGCGCGUGGGCAUCAUCUACGACGACCGGAUGUGCAAGCACACAACUCCUGACGGCGAGGAUCAUCCCGAGAAACCUGACCGGAUUCGGGUAAUCUGGAAACGGCUCCAGUCUUCCGGCAUAGCUAAGAGAUGUGUAAUUCUUGAUGGGAAAAACGCUGAAGAUAAACAUAUAGCCCUUGUUCAUUCCAAAUUUCACACAGAAUUCAUUAGAAGUAUAAGCUCUGCAAAGUUAGCUUCAAGAAGAGAUUCGAUUGCUGCUCAAUUUAAUUCCAUAUAUUUCAAUGAAGGGUCGUCAGAGUCAGCUUAUCUUGCUGCUGGUUCUGUAAUAAAGGCUGCUGAGAAAGUUGCCAAUGGAGAACUUCAGUCUACCUUUGCUAUUGUCAGGCCUCCUGGACAUCACGCUGAAGAGAACGAACCCAUGGGGUUUUGCCUUUACAAUAAUGUUGCUAUUGCAGCAAGUUAUUUACUGAAUGAACGAAAAGAUUUGGGCAUUAACAAAAUUUUGAUUGUUGAUUGGGAUGUUCACCAUGGUAAUGGUACUCAAAAAAUGUUUUGGAAGGACCCUCGUGUACUUUUAUUUUCUGUUCAUAGGUAUGAAUUUGGGGGCUUCUAUCCAGGUGGUGAUGAUGGGUCUCAUGUGAUGACUGGGGAAGGGUUGGGAGCAGGAUAUAAUAUAAACGUGCCUUGGGAGAGUGGUUGUUGUGGUGAUGCGGACUAUCUUGCAGUUUGGGAGCAUAUAUUGAUUCCUGUGGCAAAAAGUUUUUGUCCUGACCUUGUCAUUGUCUCCGCAGGAUUUGAUGCUGCUGUUGGUGAUCCUCUUGGUGGAUGUCGAGUAAGUCCACAUGGAUACUCAGUAAUGUUGAGCAAGUUAAUGGAGUUUGCUGGUGGAAAAAUUGUUAUGGCACUUGAAGGAGGAUAUAACCUUGAUUCUAUAGCAAAAUCUGUUCAAGCAUGUAUUGAAGUAUUGCUGCAGCAAGGACCUAUUCCAGGGUCAUUAGAUGCAUAUCCAUUUGAGUCCACAUGGCGAGUAAUUCAAAAUGUUCGUGAAGAGUUGAGUCCUUUUUGGCCUACACUAGCUGUGAAGUUGGACAAGAAUGUAACCAUCAAAAGAGCACAUCAAUCUCAGACCUUUAUCUCAGAUUCUGAAGAUGAACACAGUGGUCCGGAUGUGGUAUCAGAAGAUCAUGACAAGGCCAUAGAGAAUGUGUUAGUGCCACUUUCAAGCCUGACAAUUAAUCCAGAAGCUUCUGACCAAGCAAUCACUGUUUCUUCUACUUGGCGAUCAGAACUUCGGCAAACAGAAAUCUGGUAUGCCGCUUUUGGAUCAAAUAUGUAUUUGCCAAGACUUCGCUGCUAUAUUGAAGGUGGACAGCUCGACGGAAUGAAAGGACGGUGUGCUGGCUCUAUGGAUAAAAGUAUGCCAAAGGAAACCAUGUGGAAGACAGUCUGCCAUCGACUGUUCUUUGGUCGUGAUCAUACGGUGACAUGGGGCCAAGGGGGUGUUGCUUUUCUUCAUCCUGAAACCAGUCAGAACAAAUCUCCUGUGUGCCUCUAUAAAAUUACGCUUGAGCAGUUCAAUGAUAUUCUCCUUCAGGAAAAUGUUCCAAGCUAUGAAAUGACAGCUCCUUUAUUUGAUUUGACUGCAUUAUGCUCAAUUGAAGAUGAAAAAACCAUCUUGGUGGGGGCUGUGAAGAGUGGCUGGUACCACAAUGUUCUUUACUUGGGGAAGGAGAAGGGAAUCCCGAUUCUAACCAUGACUUGUAGCUUGCCAGUUAUUGAUAGCUUCAGAUCAGGCAAGUUUCCUCUCUGUGCACCUUCUCAAGGCUAUGCUGAUGUCCUGAUCAAAGGAUUGGUGGAGGGGAAUCAGUUCUCAGAAGAGCAGGCCUCUGCAUACAUCCAAGAUGCUUCUACCAAACCACUGUGACUCCUUUCUCACUUUGGUCAUUUUGUGGAAAAAGUCCGAGCCACUGCAGGAAUUAUCUGGCGUUAAUUAAUGAACUAUUGAAACACUUUUUCUAGUCUGCUAUGUUUUAGGAACUUUUCUCAUGUUCCUUAGUACGUGUAGACACCACCGUGUUCCGUGCAGGGUUGGAGACAGGGAGGGACUGGAGGAGGCCUCCUCCCAAGGAAAAAUCCUAAUGUAUAUAUAGUGUAUAAAUACUUUUAAUUUAUAAAAAAUAUUUUGAUAUUUUAAACUUUUGCCCCUGCAAUGUAAAAUUUUCAAGGCCCGGCCCCUCUAAUCACAGAUUUCUGGCUCCACAAUUGGUUCUGAUCCCCCUGUAAGUCAGUCUGACUUCAACUUAUAGCUGAUUAGGUUUUGGUCUAGUUAGAAACUGCCUUUACGGAUCCAGUUCUUGCUGCUGGUUCAGAACAGAUUUUCAAGCCUACUUCUGUAUAAAAAGUGGAACCAUAAUUAGGAGUGGACUGAUCCGAUCACCCAUUCUACUAUUGCUAUUAGUUGCUUGUUUGAUUUUUUUAAAUUGAAAUACUUGCUUGUAAAAGAUUUUUUUAAUAUAGAAUUGCUUGUAAGAGUUUAUGUUUUCAUGUUUAAUUGGGUAAUAAAUGCGGAAGAAAAUCAAAUGAAUGUUUCAAACUAUAAAAAUGUUUUUUAAUUUAAAAAGGCUCUCCAAUUGUUGGAAUUGGAGAGUCUUCUCUCUAGCGGUCAUCUCCCUACGAGUUAGGGUUUCUUUUCUUCCGCUUACAUCAUUGACGAAGAGCGACCGUCGGUAGAUUUCGAUCGUGCAAGCAGGCUCGGGACCAGGGAUGCAGCUCUUUGGUGGCUAGGGCUCGACUUCUGCUGUUGUUUCUGAUCGAAGGUCGAUUGUUGACAAAGAAAAGGUGGAUAAGCUGUGACGGAGUAUGUUUUCGAUUCAACAUCAAGGAAUGUCAAAGGAGGAUAUCAUCAUUUAAUACAAAAGCAUGACUAUUGAGGCGGAUGAGCGAUGGGCACCCCCCCCCUUCCUCCCGAGCCGCCGUCAUGGAGUGCAAGUAAGUCUAGGGUUUGGAAGAAGAUGAGUGAACCCUAUUUUAAUUCCGUUUUAUUCUAUUUGUGUUUUUCUUUCGAAUUGCAUGUUGUCUUGGACGUGUUCUUAUUUCCUGGCAGAGAGAUUCUAGAUUUUAAGUCAGGUGAUGAGAAGUCUGAUUUGUUAGUCAUUGACUCAGUUAAGCCCAUUACAGGAUUAACGAAUAUUAUUGCUUCUACAGAUGUGAUAUAUUCUAAGCCCGGACGGCAGACAUAAAACCUUUUAUCGCUUUGUUUACUUCUUUUUCUUUGAUUGUAUUAUGAGUGAC